AUGCGUGAAAUUGUGCAUCUGCAGGCCGGCCAGUGCGGCAAUCAAAUUGGGGCGAAGUUUUGGGAAGUUAUUUCGGAUGAGCAUGGAAUUGACCCAACGGGCUGCUACCACGGUGACUCGGACCUCCAAUUGGAGAGAAUAAACGUAUACUACAACGAGGCAACUGGCGGAAAAUACGUGCCGAGAGCAAUUCUGGUUGAUCUAGAGCCAGGUACUAUGGACGCUGUACGCUCGGGACCAUUUGGACAGAUAUUUCGUCCAGAUAACUUUGUAUUUGGCCAGAGUGGAGCGGGAAAUAACUGGGCCAAAGGUCAUUACACCGAGGGCGCUGAACUCGUGGAUUCGGUACUCGACGUUGUGCGAAAAGAGGCGGAGAGUUGCGACUGUCUGCAGGGCUUCCAAUUGACCCACUCACUUGGUGGUGGCACUGGGGCGGGAAUGGGGACCCUACUAAUUUCCAAAAUUAGGGAGGAGUAUCCGGACAGAAUUAUGAUGACUUUCAGCGUUGUACCUUCUCCAAAGGUAUCCGACACAGUCGUCGAGCCCUACAACUGCACCCUCUCAGUCCACCAGCUCGUGGAGAACACCGACGAGUCCUACUGCAUCGACAACGAGGCCCUCUACGACAUCUGCUUCCGCACCCUCAAGCUGACAACCCCCACAUACGGUGACCUGAACCACUUGGUCUCGGCGACCCUUAGUGGAGUGACAACGUGCCUCAGGUUCCCGGGACAACUCAACGCCGACCUGCGAAAGCUCGCUGUCAACAUGGUGCCCUUCCCCCGCCUCCACUUCUUCAUCCCUGGAUUCGCUCCGCUCACGUCCCGCGGGUCCCAGCAGUACAGGGCCCUGACAGUCCCCGAGCUGACCCAGCAGAUGUUCGACGCCAAGAACAUGAUGGCCGCCUGCGACCCCAGGCACGGAAAGUACCUCACAGUCGCUGCCGUUUUUCGCGGACGCAUGUCCAUGAAAGAAGUUGACGAACAAAUGCUCAACAUUCAGAAUAAAAACUCAACUUACUUCGUUGAAUGGAUCCCGAGCAAUGUGAAGACGGCAGUCUGUGACAUACCACCGAGGGGUCUCAAAAUGUCAGCCACAUUCAUCGGUAAUUCAACGGCCAUUCAGGAGCUGUUCAAACGCGUCUCUGAACAAUUUACGGCCAUGUUCAGGAGAAAGGCCUUUCUUCACUGGUACACGGGGGAGGGAAUGGAUGAAAUGGAAUUCACCGAGGCGGAGAGCAAUAUGAAUGAUCUUGUCUCUGAGUAUCAACAGUACCAGGAGGCUGCUGCCGAGGAGGAGGGCGAGUUCGAUGAAGAGGAGGAGGGCGAGGGCGAUAAUUAA